AUGAACAAUCCAAAAGCCAGAGUACCCAGGAAUUCCGCUGUCCUGUCGAGAGGGUUCGUUUGCGAGGACAGGAGGCGGCUGCGGACGAUGGCGGAGCAGGAGAACGGGCGCGGCGGCGCGGCGGCGGAGGAGGAGGAGAGGCUGCUGGUGGAGGAUGUGGCGGUGCUUGAUUUCGACAUGCUCUGCGCGACGGUGGCGAUGCAGGCGCACAAGGGGAAAUGGGGGAAAUUGAACGGGGGGAACGGAGAGGAUGAUUUUGCUGCCGGUUAUUAUCAAUACGGCGGCGGGGUGCAUAGAAUGUGGGAGGGAGAGCUAGUUAACGAUUGCUUGGACGAUCGCCGGAUUGCUCUCCAAUCCACCUGCUGUCCAUGCUAUAGAUUUGGCAAGAAUAUGAAACGAGCUGGCCUUGGUUCUUGUUUUCUUCAGGGAUUCAGUCAUCUGAUUCUUUCCAUCAUCGCCCUAUGCAAUCUGCUUGCAUUUGUAAUUACUAGAAGAUGCUACUUUCUGUACUUGGCCAUUUCUUUUGUGCUCUCAGUUGGAAUAUAUCUCGGAUAUCACCGUAUGCAGAUGAGGAAAAAGUUCAAUAUAAAAGGCAGUGAUAGUUCUAUGGACGACUGUAUAUACCAUCUUAUCUGCCCGUGCUGCACUUUGUGUCAGGAAUCAAGGACAUUAGAGAUGAAUAAUGUCCAAGAUGGCACGUGGCACGGGCGAGGGGACACCAUAUGUAUAGGAAGCUUAUCCGAGGAUACUAAACUUUGUUUGGAGUUGAGCCCACCUUUUGUUGUUUCAACAAAGUCUCCAGAAUCGGUGAGCAUGCAGAAAGUCUCGAAAAAUGAUAGCACGAAUUUUACUACGACUCAAGUAAAGCAUUCUUCUCUUUUGGUCCCACCACUCGAUUGA